UACGGAGGGGGCGGAGGGAGAACGAAGGGGACACUGAGGGACGAAGAGCCUUGGGGCCUGCGCUAGGGCGGGAGCGGCGCGGAGUGGAAGGAGAGCGCUCCUUCCUAUGUGCCCUAGAGCAUUGAUUAAGCUUCUGCGGCGUGCAGGACCCUACCCUUGAGCCCGCCGCCCCCAGCCCUUACAGGGUACUCUCGUGCUACGGAGUUGAGAAGUGCGUUCGGUGAAAUGGGAUGUGUAGCGGAAAAGUUGAACUUCCAGGCCCCUGGUGGGUUCUUUCCUGGAAGGACUUACUGAUCUAUGGUAUAAAAAGCCCCUGUCUCUCCCUACCGAUAAUACACAGUCCCAUAAUUGGGAAGGGAGGAAUGUGGGCGAAAAGUCCGAAUUUUAGAUUACUCGAGGCAGACUUCUGGAAGAACAUUCACUGGGUGCCUACUUUGCGUAAGCCUUACCCCAGGCCUUGGGCCUCGCCCCAUGGGAGUUCUCUGGAGUGUGGGGCUGUAAACAAGGAAGAACUGAACUCUUGGGCUCCGGGUUGACUACUUUCAGGAAGAUACCUUACUGGGUGGCCGUUGUGUGCAGGGCCCAGGCGACUCGUAUAUUAGUGAGGGAGUUGGGAUUUGUAGUUAAGAAAAAGUAACUCCUGGGCCUUUAGUGAAUCAUUUAUUCGAGGAACAUUUAUUGGAUAUCAGCUGAAAACAGAGUCAUGUGCUAGGCUGUGUUGUUGUGGAAAUUCACGGUCUAAUAGGAAAGUUGGCCUGGUGGAAGAAGUGGAAUGGGCACAGGGAGAGUUAAGCUCUCAUGGCCUCACUUCCUGGAGGGAGCAUCAUUCAUCCACAGAGUAUCUACUGAGUACCUGCUGUGGGCUAAUCAUUGUUCUUGGUGCUGGAACCACAUCAGUGAUGAAGAGACUAACAUCCCUCCGGGAGCUUAAUAUGAGCAACUUUGCAUGCCUGGGUGUAAGCUGAGUUCCACCAGCCCUCUGGCACUAACAGAUGAGUUAAAGACUGAGACAGUGGAGAUUGGAUUCAGAAAAUUAGCAGGGGGUGGGAGGGCAGUCGUUUACUAAAGUGCCUCUGAGCCCCUGCUGUGUAAAGAGGCCUGGGCUGAGCCCACGCAUGUAGAAGGGGAGACAGGGCACAUAGGUGGAAGUUCAGAAGUUAAAAAUCCCUGGCCCGGGUCCGUGGUUUUGUUGGUGACAUCAGCCCCUACAGUGAAUCAGAUCUGCCCUGCCUGCAUGCUCAGUCUGGAGAGGAGCACAGACCUCAACCCGGACUCAUGAUAGUUGCUAUGAUAGAGGUGGCACAGGUUACCAUAGGAACCCAAAGGAGGAAGGAGUGGAUGGACAUCACCCUGAGAAUGUAGAGAUGUUGUCAGAAAAGGCUUCACAAAGGAAAUGCUGGGCAGGAGUUUGCUGGACAAGAAGAGGAGAGAACUCUCUUGGCAGAAGGAAUGGCAACCGCAAAGACUUAGGACUCAAAAACAGCAUCUCUGGAGAACUCCAAGUCAUGGUUCUGUCUAACCUUUCUCAAGUACCAGGGUGUUUGUGGUCAGUACUACUUUUACCCCGUUUCACAGGUGACAAAAGAGUCUCGGAGGAAGUAAGUGGUGGAACGCAGAUUCAAGCCAAGGGCGGUCCGGUCCAGAAGCCUGCGCUCUCAAACUCUGCUGCAUGUCUGUGUGUACAUACAGUAGGAGGAACGGGGCUGAACAGUGAGGAAACUACAGGCAGACGAUGAGAGGCAUAAAGAGAGAUGCCCGGCACCCUGGGGCAGGGGUCGGCUACAGGUUCAUUGAAGACUGAGGCGUGAGCACUGGAUGCAGGCUUGCCGAUUGACAGAGGCCGGCACUACUCUCCCUCCCCACCAUGGCAGAGGUGGCGGCUGAGGUGGCCGAGGCGGCCGAGAUGCCAACACAGAUGUCACCAGGGGCGAUGGAGACGUCAACACCGAUGUUAGGAGAAGUGACGGAGAUGUCAACAGAGGUGACCGAGAUGACACCUGGGGAGGCCCUCGCCUCCUCCCUUUUCUUCCAGCACCACCAGUUCAUGUGCUCUGAGUGCGGCAGCCUCUACAACACGCUGGAGGAAGUUCUCUCUCACCAGGAGCGGCAUGUGCCUGCUGUCACAGAGGAGGAGGCGCUGGUCACCCAGGAUGCUGGCCUGGAGCCAGAGCUCAUGGCGGGCACCGAGGAUGGGCCUUUCCAGUGUGGGGAGUGCAGCCAGCUCAUCCUGUCCCCUGGUGAGCUCCUGGCCCACCAGGACGCCCACCUCCGGGAGUCUGCAAGCCAGAUCCAGUACCAGUGUGGGGACUGCCAGGAGCUCUUCCCCUCUCCUGAGCUGUGGGUGGCUCAUCGCAAGGCCAGGCACCUUUCUGCUACGGCAGCCGAACCACCGGUGCUGCCCCCUCUGCCUCCCCCGGCACCUCCCCUCCCUGCUCCACCCGAAGUGAAGAUGGAGCCCUACGAGUGUCCCGAAUGUUCCACCCUUUGUGCCACUCCCGAGGAGUUCUUGGAGCAUCAGGGCACCCACUUUGACUCCCUCGAGAAAGAAGAGCGCAAUGGGCUCGAGGAGGAGGAAGAAGAGGAGGAGGAGGAAGACGACGAAGAGACGGAGGAGGAGGAGGAGGUGGUGGCAGAGGUUGGUGAUGACGCCACGGGAGGCGACAGGGCCACAGCCGGCCGGGCCCGGGGCUGUGGGGACUGUCCCCCCCGCUGGACGUCAGCCGAGGCACGCCGGCGACACCGGCGGGCAUCCCGCGGCCCGGCAUCGGCAGCCCACCCCUUCCACUGCGACCAGUGCCAGCGCAGCUUCAGCUCGGCGAACCGGCUGCUGGCUCAUGGGCGGGCGCACGUCGGCGGCACGCACGAGUGUACGACCUGCUCCAAGGUCUUCAAGAAAGCGGCGUCGCUCGAGCAGCACCUGCGGCUGCACCGCGGCGAAGCCCGCUACCUCUGUGUGGACUGCGGCCGCGGCUUUGGCACGGAGCUCACGUUGGUGGCUCACCGGCGGGCACACACCGCCAACCCCUUACAUCGCUGCCGCUGCGGCAAGACGUUCAGCAACAUGACCAAGUUUCUCUACCACCGGCGCACCCACGCGGGCAAGAGCGGGGCGCCCCCCGCGCUGGCGGCCACCUCCCCGGCUCCGGCCGAGCCCUCGCCGCCGCCGCCACCACCACCGCCGCCCCCCGCCCCGCCCGCCCAGCUGCCCUGCCCACAGUGUUCCAAGUCCUUCGCUUCGGCUUCCCGACUCUCCCGGCACCGGCGCGCCGUCCACGGGCCCCCCGAGCGGCGUCACCGCUGCGGAGUGUGCGGCAAGGGCUUCAAGAAGCUGGUCCACGUGCGCAACCACCUGCGGACACACACGGGCGAGCGGCCCUUCCAGUGCCACUCGUGUGGCAAGACCUUUGCUUCUCUGGCCAACCUCAGCCGCCACCAGCUGACCCACACGGGUGCGCGUCCCUACCAGUGCCUGGACUGUGGCAAGCGCUUCACGCAGAGCUCCAACCUGCAGCAGCACCGGAGGCUGCACCUGCGGCCCGUGGCCUUCGCCCGCGCACCCCGCCUCCCCAUCACCGGUCUGUACAACAAGAGCCCCUACUACUGCGGGACCUGCGGCCGCUGGUUCCACGCCCUGGCAGGCCUGCGACUGCACCAGCGUGUCCACGCCCGAGCCCGGACCCUGACCCUGCAGCCGCCCCGAUCGCCACCUCCUGCCCCGCCCCCGCCCCCUGAGCCUCAGCAGACUAUCAUGUGUACGGAGCUGGGGGAGACCAUUGCCAUCAUCGAGACGUCCCAGCCUCUGGCACUUGAGGACACGCUGCAGCUGUGCCAGGCCGCCCUGGGGGCCGGGGAGGCGAGCGGGCUGCUGCAGUUGGACGCGGCCUUCGUGUGACGCAGCCGAAGAGCAGCAAUAAAAGAGUUUGGUUGCAACAACAAUCGUGGGCACCUCCGGGAGAGAGGGGACCACCCCCUGGCAAGCCACUCUGGCACCUGAUUGGGUGCCAGGAUCCACCCUGGCCUCUUACCCACUGACUCCUCACAACGGCCCUGCCGGGUGUGUCUUGUCACUUUUCUCUGCCUCAGGGUAAACUGAAGCCCUGAGACGGGACGUGAUCUGUCCCGGGUCCCCCCGGUGCAUUGCAGAGUAGCGUUUGCCAAGGCUCUUUGCUCCGCACCUGUCACCCUGGUGCCCAGCAACGUCAGGUAACCUUUCCUGAGCCCCGACCACGUGCCAGACCUGUGCUGGGCACUGUUGCAUACCUCUGCGGGUUCUCGCUUGUCCCCAAGACUGUCACCUUCCCUGGACCCUGGGCAUACAGGACUUGGCUCUGCCUGGUGGAGAGAGAGGUACUUGACUUCUCUGGGCUUCCUUAAGCUCACUUUUGACAAUAUGGAAGGAAAUCUCUAGGUACCCACAUACUCAGCUGCAGGCUGGGUGAUGCUGGAACCCCGGGAAUGACUCAGACCCAGACCCAGGCUCUACCCCAGGAGACGCUCAGUGGCAGUGGAGUUCACACAAGUACAGAUGGCCUUGCUCUCUGA